AUAGUGCUCAUCUCUAUCAAUUGCCACACACGUCGUUUUACGUACUCCAUGAUCAUGGAUAGCGAUAAUCAGUCUAUGCUACACAUCGCCAUCCUUUCAAGCCCCGGCAUAGGUCACAUAAUCCCAUCUCUUGUGCUGGGCAAUCGCCUCGCCGGCGUUCACAAUGUCAAAGUCACCGUCUUCGUUAUCACCACCGCCCAUUCACCGACUGAAAGGCAACUGCUCGAGUCCUCUGACUUGACAAGCCGCCUUGACAUCGUCGGAAUACCGCCGGUUGACAUCUCCGCCUUGCUCGACGCCAACACCAAGCCGCUCGUCCAACUUUGCCUGCUUGUACGCGCAGCUUUGCCGGGUGUACGCUCCGCCUUAAUGAAGCAAUGUCGCCGCCUCGACGCCCUCGUCGUCGACUUUUUCUGCACGGAGGCUCUGCCCAUGGCGGAUGAGCUUAACUUGCCAAAGUUUGUUUAUGUUCCGACCAAUGCGCGGUUCACGGCCUUGGCGGUUUACUGUCCGGUUCUGGACAGGGAAAUCGUGGGUCAGUACGUUGAACAAGAAAAGGGAUUGGAAAUCCCGGGUUGUAAGCCGGUCCGACCGGAAGACGUGGUUGACCCGAUGUUGGACCGGAAUGAUGAGCAGUACCGUGAGUACCUAAGGCUAUGUGUAGGGUUCGGCAUGGCAGAUGGGAUCUUGAUGAAUACUUGGGAAGAUGUCGACCCGGUCUCACUCAAAGCUCUUAAGGAGAAUGAAACCCUAAGCAAAGUUGUGGGAAAACCGAUUUAUGCCAUCGGUCCGCUGACAAGAAACAUUGAAGAAAGAGAUGGUGAUGAUGAUGGGAUGAUAAUGCAAUGGUUAGACAAGCAACCUCGGGAGUCCGUCUUGUACGUGUCGUUCGGAAGCGGUGGGACGUUAUCUGCCGAGCAGAUAACCGAGUUAGCUUGGGGACUAGAACUGAGCGAGCAAAGAUUCAUCUGGGUGGUCCGACCACCAUCGAUGCGCAGCUCAGACGAAGCAUUUUUCACUACGGGACAAGGAGCCGACGGCACGCCAAAUUACUUGCCAGAGGGGUUUAACACUCGAACCCAAAACCAAGGGUUGGUGGUGCCCGUGUGGGCCGAACAGACACUGAUUCUAAGACAUCCAUCAACCGGAGGGUUCUUAAGUCAUUGCGGGUGGAACUCGACCCUCGAGAGUAUCAAAAACGGGGUGCCAAUCAUCGCGUGGCCCUUGUACGCGGAGCAAAGGCAAAAUGCCACCUUGCUCACGGAGGAGCUAGGGGUUGCAAUUCGGCCUAAGAAGUUGCCAACAAAGGGAAUAGUCUCAAGGGAAGAGGUCAAGACAUUGGUGAAAACAAUGUUGCAGUCCAAGAAAGGAAAGGAGAUGAGGGAAAGGGUAGUGAAGCUAAAGAUGAGUUCAGAGAAGGCUAUAAGCAUUGGAGGCUCAUCCUACAAUUCCAUGUGUGAGGUUCUGAAUGCGAUAGAGAAGAGGAGAGAUUUGAAACUUUGAACACGAGUUUAAUAUAAGUAUAUUGCUGAAUGCAGAUCGUUAAUUAUGUAUUGGAAUAUCUAUAAUUGCAUGUCAUCAAUAAAUUCCUCGUGCUUUUUUUUUU